AUGAUUGUUGGACCCUGCUGCUUCUUUCCCUGCCUCCCUGCCCACUCCUGCAUGUCUUCCUUUGCUCAUUCCUCGUCCUCCCCCUACUCCAGUCUCGCAGUCAAGUACGGGGUGAAGGAGCCGUGUGGAGAGGUGCUGCUCUUCCCCUUGGGAGACGACAAGGAGGAGAAUGAGCGCGAGAGCCGCCUUCUCACCGGCAUGUGCCAUUUCCCACCCAUCAGUGCCGUGUCAACAUGCUACUUCCUUUCUCACCCCUUCUCAUUCCUUCGCCUCAUACCUCCUUACCCUUACCCUUCCCCGCCCCCACCAAAACCACCCCCACCAGCACAUGCCCCUGUCAUCCUCUCUCAAGGGGAUGACAGCAGCGGUGUAUGCCCUUGCGCCCGACUCCUGUGUGCGCCCAUCACUGCCGACUCACUCGAGGCGUUCGCUCACACCAACCCGCUGCAGCCCAAGCUGUGUGCGCUCUAUCCCGCUCCCUGGUAUUCACCCCUCCUCGUGUUAUCCCCUCUUCCCUCAGCCACUCAUUCGCACCUCACACUACGCGUGUGCAUGAGAGUGCCGCUGCUGAUGCAGCUGGAAUGGGGCGCUGGGAUGAGCACCUCAAGCAGUAGGGAGGUUGGGUGUGGUGGGUCGCUGCAUGCCAUGUCACAUGGCAACAAGCGCAUGGCCUAUGACCCCUUUUGCCACCGCGGGUCAGCACGCCAUUGCAGUGAUUUCCUUGCCCUUCCCCCCGCCAUCCCUGCCAUUCUCCCACCAUCCGCCCCACGAUCUCUGCGGCAUUUCCCUCACACCUCGCCUCCCACAAUCAUCCCACCAACCCAGCUCGCGCCUGCCCCUUCCCCCGCGUUGCGUUACUCACUUCUCACUCAACCCCGUCCUCGCACACUACCUUCCCUCUUUCCUCUCACAUGGCAGGCUGACAAGGAGGCAGAGUAG